AUGAGCAUAUCCGCGCUUUGUGACGUCGCCCUUGCAGAGAAGAACGGCUCCAAAAUCAGCACAAAGUUCGAACUCGACCAGCGUGUUUGCCGUGGUCGGGAUUCCAGCCUGGAGGGGGACGUCGGCACUCAGGCUCAAGGCGAGGAAAACAAGUCGAGCGGCGACCAAUGCACACGGGAAGAAAAAGAACAUCUUAUCUGCAGGUCGCUAGACACGUCAGAAACCUUCUCCCGCUCCGGUCCUCGGCUCGCCACGAAAGAGGACUGUCUGAGCGAAAUGCGCAGAUAUGAAGAUGUGAAGGCCUUGUUGAUAUGCUGGAAUAAUGCAACAAUAAUUUUCAAAAAUCAGAGGACAGAGCUUCAGCGCGUGUCAAGAUCGCCUUACAAGUUUGGAGCCGAGGCUAUUGAUUUCCCAAGCACCGAUCCUGAAAAGUAUCUCGAGGACGAGACCCGCAAGUUUAGAGAAGCGCACGAUAAGGAGAAGGACAUGUUGCUGUCAAAGAAGCUGUUAAAAUCUGGAUUUGGCACCUCCUAUCUUUUCAACCGCUUGGCCCAUUAUCAUAAGCUCAAGGGCCAGGUAUACCUAGGAGACGAUGAGGACGAGACAGGCGUUCGGGGCUCCUCCAAGUGCUCCUAUCACGUCAUGAGCAAGCUCGGGAGCUUCGCAUUUGUCGGCGCAUCAUACCGGAUAGUGAGGACGAAGAGGAUGAUACAGAGAUGA